UUGGAUAGGAACCAAAUAUUUCAAAUUUUGAUAAGUUUGUUGAUGAAAUAUUAGAUAAGAUAUCAACAAUCCCUUUAAAUAUAUUAUAUGAAAACUGUUUCAAAUACUCAAAACCAGAAGGGAAUCAGUCAGUUACCACAAAUAAAGUUCAAUAUGGUGAGACGAUAAGUUGUAAGUUCAAUUUUUUAAGUUCAGGGGGUAAUUAUUUGAAAGAUAUUUCAAAUGGAAACCGUAAAAAUAACAAAAAACGUUCGUUCAUAAUGUCAAAAGGCUACGUAAUUGGAGACGCUGACAGUACAUACUGUCCACGCAUAAAUAUUAUUGAGGAACAGGAUUUACCAGGUACUUGGGUUGAGUGUAGCUUUUGUUCUAAAUGGCGAUAUCUACCAAAAGUUUAUGAUCCAUCUCAGCUCAAUGAUUCAUUGUAUUGUGCUUUGAAUCCUAAAUACUUCAAAACAUUAACUGCCAAUUCUACAAUCAAUAAAUAUUUGCAUAUUCCCUGUGGAGAAUCGGAAGAUUUAGGUGCUGUUAGACAGGAAGAUGAGUUUAUUUUUCAACAUUUUUCUGUUGGAUCAGUUGUUUGGGCUAAAACUCAAGGCUAUCCAGAUUGGCCAGCAAUGGUUUAUUACAACAGUCAGGGAAGAUACGCUGAAUUUGAUGCAAACAGUAAAGAAGUGACUUAUUAUUAUAUAGUAUUUUUGGGCCCAAGACGUUCGGCAAAGAGUAAAAUUCAGGCAAAAAGAAUAUAUAAAUUUUCCACAUUUCAUGAAUUGGAUUUAAGCAAAAUUCCCGAACGAUUCUGGAGAAGAUUACAAGCUGCUGGACAAGAAGCUGAAAAUGCUCUGCUAUUGAGUGUAAAAGAUAGGUUAACAAUGUAUGGAUAUGAUCAUGAAUAUGAAAAUAUUACAGUUAAGGCUUCUAGUCAGGGUAAAAAGGCUUCAAGACCUUAUCAAAAGAAAAUACAAACUAUUUCAGAUGACGUUAAGCAAAAAAGAGUUUACAAAAGAAAAAUACCACGAAUUCAUCCUUGUUCAAUAAGUGAAAGUUCAUACAGACUAAUUGAUUGUCAAUCGGAUGCUAAUUCUAAUCAUACAUCAAAUGUGAUCACAUCCAGUAAAGAGAACCCUUCUAAUACAAUUUUAGAAGAUCAUACAAAUCCCCACAAAGGAAUACCUGUAAGUAAUCAUAUAUUUGAUGAUGAACAUCAUCAAGAAUCAAAUCAUGUUCCAUUGAAUAAUAGUUCCAUAGAAUAUCAACAAUUAGAUAUUUCAUUAAAAAGUAAUUUAUCAGCAAAAUUAAAUGAUACAACAUUCGAUAUGCAAUAUAAUACUACUGAUAUGAAUGUUGAUAAUGAUGUAAUAUUUGAUGAUGAUAUCAUAAGCAAUACAUGCCAAAAAAUGAUCAAUAAUGAUCAAAUUAAUUCUAUUGAUUGUUAUUCACCUAGUUUUCUUAAACCAAUUGAAUGUGAUCAACUAAUGAAAGAGUUAAUAUGUCCCAUUGAUAUUUGUUCAAAUCCUAAUAUUGAAACAACUGAUUGCCAAAUAAGUAAUACCGAAUGUUCAGGACAGAAUAAUCUAUCCAUAGAUAAUUAUGAAAAUAAUGAACCUAAAAGUAAUUUGGUAAGAAAUCAGAAUUAUUUCAAACUUACUUAUAAUGAUCUAUCAAUCUAUUCCAAUAAUGUUACUGUCAAUGUGAAUGAUAUCUUGAUAUCUUCAGAUCAUACUAAUAAGAAUACAAUUCAACAAUUGUCAUUAAAUUAUAAUAAAAAGAUUUUAUAUGAAAACAUUCCAUUCUAUUAUCAAUAUUUUGGAAGUAAUGAACCUUAAUUCUAAAU